AUGGCAAAGAAGAAGACGACGACGACGACGAAAGGAGGUGCAGGUUUUGGUGGCACUCAAAACGACGACGACGAGAGCGGCGUGAUGAAAGAGACGACCGUGAACGACGAGAAUUUUUCCUUCGACGUGGGCACUCCGGUGUGGGUGAAAGAUGCGAACCACGCGUGGGUCGCCGCGUCGAUUUCGAAAGUUGGUUCCGGUGACCUUUCCUCCGGUGAAGGCACAUCGUCUUUGUUUUUUGAGUGCACGUUCGCGGAGGACGAAGACGACGGACGCGAGGAGAAGAAGAAGAACAACAGUAACGGAGGAAACGGUGGUGGUGGUAAAGGUGGUGGUAAAGGUGGUGACCUGUCGUUGGCGAGCGCGCAACCGACGACGAUCGUUAUCACCAAAGAAAACGCGAAAGAAGAUCUCGCCUUGCGAGAACGGAACACGGAAGAGGACAUGGUGAAACUCUCCUAUCUUCACGAGGCGGGCGUUUUGCACAACUUACGAAGACGGUACUCGAGAGAUGAGAUAUACACGUACACCGGGCAGAUUUUGAUCGCGGUGAACCCGUUUCAAAAAAUCCCACACUUAUACGAUCAAGCCAUGAUGGAAAUGUACGGCGGCGCGGAGCAAGGCGAGUUGAGUCCGCACGUGUACGCCGUCGCCGAGGCGGCGUAUAAACAGAUGUUGAGCGAGGGGGGGUCUCAAUCUAUUUUAGUUUCCGGAGAGUCCGGGGCAGGGAAGACUGAAACUGCGAAACACAUCAUGCAGUACUUGGCGCACUCGGCGAAGCACGAAGACGGGACCAGCGGCGUGGAAAAGCAAGUUUUAGAGACGAAUCCGUUGUUAGAGGCGUUCGGUAACGCCAAGACGGUCAGGAACGACAACUCGUCCAGGUUCGGGAAGUUUACGGAAAUUUUGUUCGACGAAGAGGAUAAGAUUAGCGGGGCAGCCAUACGGACGUAUUUGUUGGAGCGCUCCAGAGUCGUACGCGUAUCCGAUCCGGAGAGAAACUUUCACGUGUUUUAUCAAAUCUUAGCCGGGGCGUCGAAAGAGGAAAAAAGUAAGUGGCGUUUGGACGGUAAGACGUUUGAAGAUUUUUAUUACUUGAAUCAAUCGAAAUGCGUGAAAUUGGAACGUAUUUCCGACGUGGUCGGGUACGAGGAAACCCAAAACGCCAUGGAGGUGGUCGGUAUUUCGGAAUCGGAAAGAGAGGACGUGUUUGGAGUCGUUUCGGGGGUGUUGCAUUUAGGUAAUAUAGAUUUCUCGCCUUCGCCAGAGGACGAAGACGCGUCCGUCGUCGCUUCAAAUGCGAAAGGAAGCUUAGAAGACGCCGCGUCGGUUUUGAAAGUGGAUAAAGAUCGCUUAGAGAAAGCGCUGAUUUCGAGACAGAUUGUCACCGCGGACGGGGCGAUUUUGAAACCUUUGAGCGUCUCGGACGCGAAGCACAAUCGCGACUCGUUGGCGAAGAUGUUGUAUUCGCGUUUGUUCGAUUGGCUCGUCGAAAGGAUUAACCAAGCGAUUGGGAAUAAGAAAGAGGACGAAGAAGACGCGGAAGAUGGAGAGAAUAUCACUGGCGGCAAAAAAAGUAAAAGACGAUUCAUUGGCGUGCUCGAUAUUUACGGCUUUGAGAGCUUCAAAAAGAACUCCUUCGAACAGUUUUGCAUCAACUUUGCUAACGAAAAAUUGCAGCAACAUUUUAACCAAAAAGUGUUUAAAAUGGAACAAGAAGAGUACGAAAAAGAAGCCAUCGAUUGGUCGUAUAUUGAGUUUGUGGAUAACCAGGACAUUUUAGACGUCAUCGAACGUAAAGUUGGCGGUAUUAUCAGUCUUUUAGACGAGUCGUGCAUCAUGACAUCGACGACGUCUGAGCAAUUUGCGCAAAAGCUCUUCUCCGCGUUGGACGACGAGAAACGAUUUUCGAAACCAAAACGGUCGCAAAUAGAUUUUACGUUGAACCAUUACGCCGGCGACGUCACGUACGAGAGCGAAAACUUCAUCGAAAAGAACAAAGAUUACGCGAUUUUGGAACACACGGAAGUUUUAUCCACCUCGGAAACGAACAUUUUGCGUCUCAUUUUCGAGGAGAAGGAGAACGAAAUCUUGAACGAAGGGAACAAACCGCCGCCGCCGCGCGCGAAGAAAUCCGCCAUGAAGUUCACCUCCAUCGGGAACUCGUUCAAGCACCAACUCAAUGAUUUGAUGAAAAAAUUACACGGAACCGAACCGCAUUUUGUUCGAUGCGUGAAACCGAACCAAGCUUCCGUGCCGAGCACGUUUGAGAACGCCAACAUUUUGCAGCAGUUGCGCUGCGGCGGCGUCUUGGAAGCGGUGCGGAUUUCCUGCGCCGGAUAUCCGUCGAGGAAGCCGAUCGAGUUAUUUUUGACUCGAUUCGGUUUAUUAGCUCCCGACGAAGCCGCAAAGUUCUUUACGCCCGGGAAAGAGCGAGAGGCUUUGGAAGGUAUUUUGAACGUUGCGAAUUUACAAGAGUGGCAAAUCGGCAAGACGAAAGUCUUCUUGCGUUCAGGGCAAAUGGCCGUUUUGGAUACCUUGCGAUCGAAAAAACUCGGGUGGGCCGCGGUUGAGAUUCAAAAGCAUGUCAAGCGACGCGUCGCGCAAAAGCAGUACAAACGAACGAAAUCGGCGGCGGAAACUGUCAACAAAUACGCCCGGGGUAUGUUUGCUAGAAAAAUCGUUCGGGAGAUUCGCCAAACAAAGGCGGUGACUGCCAUCCAAGCGUUUGUGAGAAUGUCCAUCUGCAAGAAGCAAUUCGCGGAGACGAAAGAGGCGGCUGUAAAGAUUCAAACGCUCGCGCGAGCAGUCAAAGCGAGGAAAGAGUUUUUGGAGCUCAAGGAAAGAAACUUGGCUGCAAUCAGAGCGCAAAGCGUGUACCGAGGCCAAUUGGCGCGCAACCGCGUCAAGGAAAUCAAAAAAGAACAAAGAGACGUGGCGAAAAUGUUGGAGGCGAAAUCAGAGUUAGAAAAGAAAUUAGAAGCCGAACGCGCGCGAGCGAAGAUGUUGGAAUUACAACGCGAAGAAGAAAAAGUGAAACGCGAAGCCGAGGAGGAAGAGAAGAGGAAAAACGCCGAAAAAGAACGCGAGGAACGAGAAGCCAAGGAGAAAAUCGAACGAGAAAAACAACAAGAAGAAGCGGCGUUGGCGGCGAAGAAAGCGGAGGAGGAGCUAAAAGAACUUCGAGAAAGAGCCCAGAAAGAGGAGCUUUUGCGGCAAGAAACCGAGCAAACGGUCAAGAAAGAACUCGAAGAAGCGAACAAAACGGCAGACCAGUAUGAAAAAGCGUUGCGCGAAGCGUUGGAGGAAAACGAAAAACUUCGAGACCGGUUGGCGGUGGCUGAAGCCGAAUUGGAUUCUUUCCGAAACGGUUUGAAAACGCCCGGAACGGCUAUGAUGACUGGUGGUCCAGGAGGUGGGAAAUCGAGAGCUCGAAUAAUGAACGGCACGCCUUUAUCUGCGAGUUCUUUGAAUACGCCCAUGUCCGCCGGCGGCGGCGAAAUGGACCAGUCUGUGGAUAAAGAGGUUCCCGAUUCCACGUCGCCACAAACGAUUUCGUUGAAGGAAGACCACGAAGCGUUGAGAGCUCUGUUGGGUCACGAAAGAGCGCACGAAAUCUUCGCCACUCCAGACGGGUCCCCGGCUUUGGCAGUCAUCGUGUUCAGAUGUUUACUGAGAUGGAAGGCGUUUUCGUUGGAGAGAACGUCUUUGUUCGAACGCAUCCUCGGAGCGUUUGAAAAUUCACUCAACAGGAACGCGAAAGAUGACAAUAAAGCCGUGGCGUUUUGGUUAACGAACGCGUUUGCGUUGUUGCACUUGCUCCAUCGAACUUUAAAGAACAGCGGGAACAGAAAUAGACGAGGGGGCGUUGGGAUUUUAGACCGCAUCAACUCCACCAUCUCUUCGAGAUUAAAGAGCCCGCCGACGAUGUUUAACCAACAACCGUCCAUCAGCGGCUCUUCGGAUAAAGAAAACGCGGACGCGAAUAAAACGCGACGAACGAGUGUUGAUGGUAAUGGACAUGGAAACGGAGGAGGAGGAGGAGGAGGAGAGGAAUCCGUGACGGCUAUAUUGGGCGUGAAGCAAAUCGAGGCGAAAUACCCGGGCUUUCUCUUCCGCCAAUCGCUUGGCAUGUUUUGCGAGAAGGCAUACGGUAUCUUGCGCGAUAACACGAAAUCAAUGAUCUCUCCGCACUUGGGAUCGUGCAUUCAAGCGCCGAGACAACGAACGGGCGCCAUCGUCGGCGGUAAAUCGACUAACGAUAAAGACGGGAAGCACAUGCAACUCUCUUCGCACUGGAUGUCCAUCCUCGAGGAGUUGGAUACGAUUCUCCUCGCGUUUACGGAAAACAACGUUCCGAAAGCGUUGACGUCCAAGUUUUUCACUCAAAUAUUUUGUUUCAUCAACGUCAACAUGUUUAACGCUCUGUUGUUACGAAGAGAGUGCUGUUCGUUCUCCAACGGUGAAUAUAUCGCCGCCGGUUUGAGCGAGCUCGAAAACUGGCUCAACAAGAACGCCGCCGUCGUCGGCGAAGCGCCGAAGAAAGAGUUACGGUUUAUCAACCAAGCCGUUCAAUUACUCGUGAUUAACCAAAAACCGAGGAAAACUCUGAACGAAAUAACCUUGGAACUGUGUCCGGUGUUAUCUAUUCAACAGUUAUACCGCAUUUGUACCAUGUAUUGGGACGACAAAUACGGCACGGAAACGGUCAACCAAGACGUCUUGAAGCAAAUGAAAAAUUCCAUGAUGGACCAGCAAUCGAAUAACCAACACAAUUCAUUCUUACUGGAUGACGAUUCGAGCAUUCACUUCAACGUGGAGGAGAUUGCGGAAAGUUCGUUGGAAAUUACUCUCGAUUUCCAAUCGAAAGACGAUUUACCGGAGGAGUUGGCCGAGAAUGAAAAGUUUGCGUUCUUAUCGACGCGAUUGACGGCGGGCGGAGCGUGA